GGCUCCCUGUCCUGCUGCCCGCCCUAGAGCUCUAUGCCCCGGGGGCGCGGCCAUGGAGGUGGUGGGCGACUUCGAGUACAGCAAGAGGGACCUCGUGGGACACGGGGCCUUCGCUGUGGUCUUUCGGGGGCGGCACCGCCAGAAAACUGAUUGGGAGGUAGCUAUUAAAAGUAUUAAUAAAAAGAACUUGUCAAAGUCACAAAUUCUGCUUGGAAAGGAAAUUAAAAUCUUAAAGGAACUUCAGCAUGAGAAUAUUGUAGCACUCUAUGACGUUCAGGAAUUACCCAACUCUGUCUUUCUGGUGAUGGAGUAUUGCAAUGGUGGAGACCUGGCAGAUUAUUUGCAAGCUAAAGGAACUCUGAGUGAAGAUACUAUCAGAGUGUUUCUUCAUCAGAUUGCAGCAGCCAUGCGAAUCCUGCACAGCAAAGGAAUCAUCCACAGGGAUCUCAAACCACAGAACAUCUUGCUGUCUUAUGCCAAUCGCAGGAAGUCAAGUGUCAGUGGUAUUCGAAUCAAAAUAGCUGAUUUUGGUUUUGCUCGUUACCUGCAUAGUAACAUGAUGGCAGCAACACUGUGUGGCUCCCCAAUGUACAUGGCUCCUGAGGUUAUUAUGUCUCAACAUUAUGAUGCUAAGGCAGAUUUGUGGAGCAUAGGAACUGUGAUCUAUCAAUGCCUAGUUGGAAAACCACCUUUUCAGGCCAAUAGUCCUCAAGACCUAAGGAUGUUUUAUGAAAAAAACAGGAGCCUAAUGCCUAGUAUUCCCAGAGAAACAUCACCUUACUUGGCUAAUCUCCUUUUGGGUUUGCUUCAGAGAAAUCAAAAAGAUAGAAUGGAUUUUGAAGCAUUUUUUAACCAUCCCUUUCUUGAACAAGCUCCAGUUAAAAAAUCUUGCCCAGUUCCAGUGCCUGUGCAUGCUGGCUCUGUCCCAGGAAGCUCCUGUGGCAGCUCUCCAUCUUGUCGCUUUGCCUCGCCACCAUCCCUUCCAGAUAUGCAGCAUAUUCAGGAAGAAAACAUAUCCUCCCCACCAUUGGGUCCUCCCAACUAUCUACAAGUGUCCAAAGAUUCUGCCAGUAAUAGUAGCAAGAACUCUUCUUGUGACACGGAUGACUUUGUUUUGGUUCCACACAACAUCUCGUCAGACCACUCAUAUGAUAUGUCAAUGGGAACUACUGGCAGACGUGCUUCAAAUGAAUUCUUGGUGUGUGGAGGGCAGUGUCAACCUACUGUGUCACCUCACAGCGAAACAACCCCAAUUCCAGUUCCUACUCAAGUAAGGAAUUACCAGCGCAUAGAGCAGAAUCUUACCUCCACUGCUAGCUCUGGCACAAAUCCACAUGGAUCACCAAGAUCUGCAGUGGUCCGAAGGUCUAACACCAGUCCCAUGGGCUUCCUCAGACUGGGGUCCUGCUCCCCUGUGCCAGCAGACACAGUACAGACAGUAGGACGAAGACUCUCUACUGGCUCUUCUAGGCCUUACUCACCAUCCCCUUUAGUUGGUACCAUUCCUGAGCAGUUUAGUCAGUGCUGCUGUGGGCAUCCUCAGGGCCAUGAAUCCAGGAGUAGACACUCCUCAGGUUCUCCGGUGCCACAGGCUCAGUCACCACAGUCUCUCUUGCUGGGUGCUAGAUUGCAGAGCGCCCCCACCCUCACGGAUAUCUAUCAGAACAAGCAGAAGCUCAGAAAGCAGCACUCUGACCCCGUGUGCCCAUCCCAUGCUGGGGCUGGGUACAGUUACUCACCUCAGCCUAGUCGACCUGGCAGCCUUGGAACCUCUCCUACCAAGCACAUGGGGUCCUCUCCUCGGAGUUCUGACUGGUUCUUUAAAACGCCUUUACCAACAAUCAUUGGCUCUCCUACUAAGACCACAGCUCCUUUCAAAAUCCCUAAAACACAAGCGUCUUCCAACUUGUUAGCCUUGGUUACUCGUCAUGGACCUGCUGAAGGCCAGUCCAAAGAUGGAAGUGACCCUCGUGAAUGUUCCCAUUGCCUCUUAGUACAAGGAGGUGAGAGGCAUCGAUCUGAUCAGCAAAGCAAGGCAAUAUUUGGCAGAUCUGUCAGUACUGGGAAGUUAUCAGACCAGCAAGUAAAAGCACCUUUAAGUGGACACCAGGGCAGCAUGGAUAGUUUAAAUACAGAACGACCAAUGGAUGUAGCUCCCACAGGAGCCUGUGGUGUUGUAUUGGCACUACCAGCAGGAGCAACAAGUUCCAGGGCUGUCCUCUUCACUGUGGGGUCUCCUCCACACAGUGCCACGGCCCCUACUUGUACCCAAAUGGUCCUUCGAACAAGAACCACCUCAGUGGGGUCUAGCAGCUCGGGGGGCUCCUUGUGCUCUGCAAGUGGCCGAGUAUGUGUGGGCUCCCCACCUGGGCCAGGGUUGGGCUCUUCCCCGCCAGGAGCAGAGGCCGCUCCCAGCCUGAGAUACGUGCCUUAUGGUGCUUCACCACCCAGCCUGGAGGGGCUCAUUACUUUUGAAGCCCCUGAACUACCAGAGGAGACACUGAUGGAGCGAGAACACACAGAUACCUUACGCCAUCUGAACGUGAUGCUAAUGUUUACUGAGUGUGUGCUGGACCUGACAGCGGUGCGGGGUGGGAACCCUGAGCUGUGCACAUCUGCUGUGUCCUUGUAUCAGAUUCAGGAGAGCAUAGUUGUGGACCAGAUCAGCCAGCUAAGCAAAGACUGGGGGCGGGUGGAGCAGCUGGUGUUAUACAUGAAAGCAGCACAGCUGCUGGCAGCUUCCCUGCAUCUUGCCAAAGCUCAGAUCAAGUCUGGGAAGCUGAGCCCGUCCACGGCUGUGAAACAAGUUGUCAAAAAUCUGAAUGAACGAUAUAAAUUCUGUAUCACCAUGUGCAAGAAACUUACAGAAAAACUGAAUCGAUUCUUCUCUGAUAAACAGAGAUUUAUUGAUGAAAUCAACAGUGUUACUGCAGAGAAACUCAUCUAUAAUUGUGCUGUGGAAAUGGUUCAGUCUGCAGCUCUGGAUGAGAUGUUUCAGCACACUGAAGACAUUGUUUAUCGAUACCAUAAGGCAGCCCUUCUUUUGGAAGGCCUAACUAAGAUUCUACAGGACCCUACAGAUAUUGAAAAUAUAAAUGUAGUAUUGAAAGAAGAUUGUCAGCACUCUGCUAUAGCACUGCAACCGUGUGAGCAGCAAGCUUGUCAUGGACCAGCAUGGGAGCAUGAGGUGAUAACAUUUGGGAUUAUAGCCUGGUUCUGUCACCCAUCCCAGGAAGCUGUACUUUGUUAACUGGUGACUACCAAAGAACAAGCAGCAAUUUAAGAAUGAAAAACAAUCCAAAAACUUCAUGUUUGUAGAAAAUCUGCCUUAUUGGAGAAUUCACUCCCCUUUCCCUUUUUCUUUGUAGAAGCAGAAACAAGGGUAUUCCACAUGGCUACAGUUUGAACUUGACAAAUAAAUGUACCUUAGAACUAGAAUUAUAAGUACACUUGUUCUUGUGGAUAAUUAAACAUAAAACAAAGUGAGUGGCACGUCUCUCAGCUCUCUGAGGAAUAUAUGAAAUCCCAUGUGUUGGCUAAGGCACAUAUAGGAGUCUACAGCUCAUCCAGACAAUUUGAGAUUUGGGGUGAGUUUGUCUGAAUCUGAGUAUGCAUCAUUAAACAGCUCAAGAGGAAUAAUUUGAAGAAGAAG